UUAGCAGCGUCUAAAUGUUUCGACUAUAAAAGUAAUGGGCUUUUCCAGCAACGGUAUCAAAACAGUCGUUGCAACCCUUCAGUGCAGAAGUGCAGUUUACAGUCUAUCUGUUUGAAAACUCCCAAAUCAACCGUCAAGAUGAAGUCCUUCAUUGCUCUGUUCGUUCUUCUCGCCAUCGCUGCCGUUUAUGGCGCUGAAGAAGCCAAGACCACUGAGAAGCGAGGCAUCUACGGAGGGCUCGGCUACGGAUACCCCGGAUACGGACUGGGUGGUGGCUACUACGGUGGAGUCGGUGGACUCGGUGGAUACUCCGGCGGACUGGGCUAUGGCGGAUAUGGUGGAUACCACUCCGCCGGAUACUAUGGUGGAUACCCAGGAUACCUCGGCGGACACGGAUACUACAGCGGUGGUCUGCACGGAUACCCAUACAGUGGACUGGGCUACCACGGACUCCACUAAGGGCGGUGACGGUGACGAUGAUGACGACGAUGAGCUCCUAUGCGAAACAAGGCUGUUCCUUUCCGACCCACCAAAACGAUGUGUCUACACAAUGAGGCGAAGACUUUUCCAACAACUACAACAUCUUUCAUUCGUUUGAAACUUUGCGUGUAUUGCGGAGACUUCAACACAACCGAACAUCACAAUCGGACGACAUGUAUAUUUUUAUAUCCCUUUUUUUAUAUGUCUACUACUCCUUAUACUCAAUAUCAACGAAGCGAUACACUGUCAACGAUGUAGUGUUUCAAAAUUUUUACCAUGUGUAAAUACUUGUGAUUUUUUAUUUCGUACGACAUCUUUUACUCUUUUACUCCAUUAUAGUUUAUAGAUUCUGUACAGUACAAUAAAACACAAUUUUAAAUCUAAA